GUGGCUUCAAAUCAAAAUGAGCACUUCUGAUUUUGCAUUUUAUUUGCAGUGGAGCAAGUUAUUAUGCCAAUUUCUGGACAUGCAUCAGCCGCUGAUGGACAGUUACAUUAUUGAAUAUUUCACAGAAUCUCAUUGGAAUAAACUGCCCAAUUCAUGGCAGGUCUCACUUAGCAAGAUAAGCCUCCAGGGAUUCUGUCACCAAAUGCUUAAAAUAGACUCUCCUUCUCUAAAUAUUGAUCAAUCUCACUCAAAAUGUACAGCAGUCAUCCUACCUCUUAGUUUAUUAGCAUUCUCAGCUACAGCAGCUUCCCUCUCGUAUCCAUACACUCCAAUAGAUGAUAAGGAUACCAUUGAGCCUCUAGGAGGAGGAGGAAGAGCGUGUGAAUAUGGGUCUCAGGUGUCAGGAUUGAGCCACUUAUUUCGUCGUCACGUGAAGCCAAAGAAACAACACGAAAUAAAGGAACUAGCCAAAAUUAUAAAUGAAGUAUGCGAAAAUACAAAGUGCUGCAAUGUAAUUGAUCUAGGGUGUGGCCAGGGUCACUUAUCUCGUUACCUGGCGUACCAUUAUCAGCUUAAUGUUAUUGCAGUAGAAGCUGUUAGCUGCCAUUUGAAAACAGCACUCCUAUAUGACAAACAAAUUACUGCAGAUAUUGAAAAAACAUUCAAAAAUGACGAGACAAAGAAAGGAAAUAUUUCAUACAUUGAGCAAAUGAUAGAUCCUGAAGCAGGACCUGAAGAAGUAAUGUCACUGUUCUUGUCAAGUGAAAGCAAAAAAAGAGAAGAGUAUGUACUAGUUGGUCUACACACUUGUGGCAAUCUAUCCACUACAAUGCUGAGACUCUUUAGUGAGAGUGAGAGUAUUACAGGGUUGGUGUCAGUAGGCUGCUGUUAUAUGAAACUAUUUAAAACAGAAGAGCCUCAUCUUCCCUCGGGGUACCCUAUGAGCUCCUCUUUAGCAAACCAUAGACUCAGUUAUGAGGCCAGAGAGCUUGCAUGUCACUCUAAAGAAGUUUACAUGAAGAGAUUACAAGAAGGAUCAGAUCAUUUGAAAAUACACUCCUGGAGAGCAGCUUUAGAAAUUAUUUUCAAAAAAAAUGGACUGAGGAGACCACAGCUUAAGAUCCCUAAGAGAGUAUCAAAACUACCUUUCAACAACUAUGCAGCAGCUGUCCUUCAGUCAGUUAAUGUGAGCCAUCUCAAUGAAAGUGAUAUGGUGAUGAUAAAUCAGUUGAUUGAUGAUCAAUGGCAAAAUAUUGUCAUGUAUUUUUUGCUAAGAUUAGUCAUAGCUCCUUGCAUUGAAACACUAAUAUUAUUAGACAGACUCUUGUUCUUGAAGGAAAAAAAUAUAAAGUGCUCCCUUCAACCAGUUUUUAAUCCACUUGUCUCGCCUAGAAACUUAGUACUGACUGCUUUAAAAUAAUAACAAUCAUUUUGUACCAUAACAUGAUUUAAAUCAUCACUGUGAAAAAUUUAAAAUUUUUUAUUAUUCUGGAAGUUUUUCUUAUUUUGAUAA